AUGGGAAAGUCAGCUGAGAGUAAGGAGAAGACAAAGCGGGACCUCAUCAAAAGGUUAACUACUUUGGAAGACUCGCUAAAGGAGAGAGAUGGAAAGAUUCUGGAGUUGGAGGGACAGUUAGAUGUGGCCUUCAAUAAAAUAAAAGUUGUAGUAGGAGAGCUUCAAAGAAUAGAUAACGACCUCAUACAAAACGUAAACGACAGCGACGAGCUCCGGGAACGGACGGAAGAAUGUGAACGGCGACAAGCGAAUAAUACGGACGAGUUGGUGAGACAAAGCUUAUAUAGUCGAAGGUGGAAUUUGAUAGUGUACAAAUUGACGGAGGCCCCAGAAGAAGACUGCGAAAAAUUAGUAAAAGGCGAGCUAGUAAGACGGUUGAAGUUGGGAGCGAAAGAAGUUGAAGAGAUGAAGCUGUGUGGUGUUCACAGGCUAGGGAAACAAAGCCGCGGAAAGAUAAGGCCAAUCAUAUUGCGUUUCACCUGCAGAGCAGACCGUGAAAAGGUAUGGAAGGCGAGAUACAACCUGAAGGGUCAGACGAUAAGUAUUGGCGAAGAUGUUACAAGGCAGCGGCAAUAAUCGGCGAUAAGCUUCUAGUAGACGGCAAGAUGUAUAAUCACUAUGAUAUACUGCGACACUGGAAAUUAAGCCAAGAAGCUUCAGCUAACUGGUCUGUAGAUUCUAAUACACAAGAGCAAAUUAAAGCCCAACCAGUAGAUGUUUAGAAAAUUCUAGUGAAGCAUUGGAGUUUUGACUUUAUGACAUUUCAUAUGUACCGGGCCAUCUCAUAUGGCGGUUGGUCUCGUGAAAACCGUUCUUUAAAAAUGUCCUGUGUAAGUUAUAUGCGUCUUGUGUUAUUCUUUGUUAACUGUGUAUAUUAUCUUGUUUUGUAUCAGUUCAUGAGUUUUGAUUCACAGCACAUACCCACCCCAUACCCCAUCCGAAUAUUAAGCGUUUUUGUAUAUUUAAUUGGAAAUGGCUAAUGAAUUUGAAUCUAGUUUGCUGUCACUUAACAUUAGAGUCCUAAGAGAUUAUAAGAAAUGCAGAAAAAUUGGCUAAUUAAACACAACGAAGAUUAUGGUGUCAGUUUUUUGCAAGAAACACACAGCUCUCCGGAUUUGGAGGAAAAUUGGAAGAGGCAAUUUAGAGGGGAAAUUUUCAUGUCUCAUGGUAGUACAGAAAGUAAAGGUGUAGCAAUAUUGUUUGGCAAAAAUCCACAAUAUAAAAUAUUGGAAACAAUUGUUGAUAGCGGAGGUCGAUUCCUUGUUUCGCAUUGUGAAAUUCAAGAUCAAGAAUUUAUAUAGAUAAUUUUUUAUGCAUCAAACAAAGAAAAAGACCAUGUAGAGGCAAUUAAGAAUUUGUAUGAAAAGAUACAAACAAUAAAUG